AUGUGGAGGACAUCUUUGAAUCUGUUCAAACAUAGCAUGGUGCCGGCGGCGCUCGGGAAGAUGGGUAGUUUUCUGAACCCAUAUUCGGAUUGCUUUCGUUUUGUUGGAUCCACUAGAUUGAUGGGUCCGUCAUUUUGUUUCUAUAGCUCCACCGUGAGCGGCGAUAGUAAAAGUGAGAAUGGUGAUAGUUGUAAAUGUAAUACGAUGACGUAUGCGGAAUCAAAGAGGUUGAUAAGGCUGGUCAAUUUGGAGGAGUUGAAGGAGAAGCUGGGGAUGGAUAACAAGGAAAUGAUUUGCUACUCUGAGCUUUUACAGGCCUGUGAGAGUAUGGGUGUCGCCAAGUCGGCCGAUGAGGCAGCCGCCUUCGCUCGAGUUCUUGAUGAGGCCGGGAUCAUUUUACUCUUCCGGGACAAAGUAUACCUGCACCCCGAUAAGGUGGUUGACCUUGUAAGAAAGGCAGUGCCUCUUGCACUGUUACCUGAAGAUGACCCGAGUAAGUAUGAGCUGAAGAAGUUGCAAGAGAAGAAAGAAGAAAUCGAUGUUCUAGCUCAUAAGCAGGUAUGCCGUAUUUUGUGGACCGGACUGGGGCUUGCAGUGUUGCAAGUCGGGCUCUUCUUUCGUCUAACUUUCUGGGAAUUUUCUUGGGAUGUUAUGGAGCCAAUUGCAUUUUUCACAACCACUACUGGGAUAGUCAUAGGCUAUGCUUACUUCCUGAUCACUUCAAGGGACCCGACUUACCAAGACCUGCUCAAGAGGCUCUUUCUCUCACGGCAAAGAAAGCUCAUCAAGAAGCAUAAUUUUGAUGUUCUGAAGUUUGUGGAAUUACAGGAAAAAUGCAAAUUACCUGUGCACACACGUGUCUUUAGAAGAACCAGAGGAUCUUUUACCUGGCCAUUAAAACCAUAUAGUUGCUUCAGCUUCUUCAAUCUUAUUUUUUAA